AUGGCCACGAGAAUGAGGCUGAAGCUGAAAACGGUGUUUGUGCUGUACUUCAUGGUGUCUCUGCUGGGUCUCAUCUAUGCAUUGAUGCAGCUGGGUCAACGUUGUGACUGCACGGAGCACGACAUGCCCAAGGAGCGUACCAUAUCACGACUGCGCGGGGAGCUGCACCGUCUUCAGGAGCAAGCCAGGAAGUCGGAGGCCACCCGACGACCCCAGAAAGAGUCCUCCCUGCCCACCAUCUUUGUCGUCACGCCGACAUACGCCAGGCUGGUGCAAAAGGCCGAGCUGACCCGCUUGUCCCAGACCUUCCUCCACGUGCCACGGCUCCACUGGAUUGUCGUGGAGGACUCCCAACGCAAGACGCCUCUUGUGGAGCAACUCUUGGCCAAGUCGGGCUUGACUUACACUCACCUUCACGUGGCCACCGCCAAAGAACGCAAGCUGCAGGAGGGGGAUCCGAAUUGGCUCAAGCCUCGCGGCGUGGAGCAACGCAACGAAGCCUUACGCUGGCUACGAGAGGACGGGAAAGCACGGGAGGGCGUAGUCUAUUUCGCCGAUGACGAUAACACGUACAGCCUGCAGAUAUUUGAAGAGAUGAGGAACACGCAGCGAGUGUCUGUGUGGCCCGUGGGGUUAGUCGGCGGGAUGAAGUACGAGAAACCCGUCGUAGAACGGGGAAAGGUGGUCCGCUUUCACGUGGGUUGGCGUCCGAGUCGUCCCUUCCCCAUGGACAUGGCCGGUUUCGCCGUGUCCCUCAAGUUGCUCCUGGACAAUCCCGACUCCUGUUUUGACGGCAACGCGGCAAUGGGCUUCCUGGAGAGCAGUCUCUUGCAGGGACUCGUCACCAUGGACCAACUUGAGCCCAAAGCGGAUAACUGUUCCAAAGUGCUGGUGUGGCACACGCGCACCGAGAAGCCCAAGAUGAAACGCGAAGAUGCUCUGCAGCCUCAGGGACUGGGCUCGGACCCAGCUGUGGAAGUCUGA